GGGUUUAAAAUUCCACAAGAGAGAGAAGAAAAAAAGAGAGGCUUACUUUUGAGCGUGUUCUUGUGGACUUGUUCCUUGUUCUACAGGUUUUGCUCGAUCGAUCGAUCCAUGGGAAAGAGGAGAGUGGAGAUCAACAUCAUCUCCGCCGAGGGCCUCAAGCUCUCGCCGAGCUUCGGUAAGCCUCACACCUACGCAGUGGUAUGGAUCCAUCCCUCCAAGAAGUUCUACACCCACGUCGACCAAGAGGGCGCCAAGAACCCCGUCUGGAACCAGAAGCUCGUCAUCAGCGCCGACACCUACUCGCUGGAGCAAGGCUCGGGCAAAUUCACCAUCGAGAUCUUCCACCGCGGCCACAUCCACGACAAGCCCAUCGGCACCGUCGAGGUCCCGUUCAAGGAGCUCCCACACGAGGCGCGAUUCAACCGCGAGACCCCGUCGGAGAUCCAGUACAUGGCGUUUGAGAUCCGGCGCCCCUCGGGAAGAAUGAAAGGCGUCCUCAACCUCUCGAUCCGCCUGAGGGAAGUCUCGCCACACUGCAGCAGCAGCAGCAGUAGCAGCAGUAGCUGCUCUUCCGAGCCAAGCUCCCCAAGAAAUUCUGGAAAAUUUCCUCCUCCUCCUCCUCCUCCUCCACCGCAAGAUCCAGUCUAUCCCCCAAGCUAUCCUCCUCCUCCACCGCAAGAUCCAGUCUAUCCCUCAAGCUAUCCUCCUCCAGGCUAUCCCUCUUACGGCGCUCCCAGCAGCUACGAUCGAGACUACCACCAGCCGCAGAGCUAUGGCUAUGGCGGAAAUUUCCAGCAGCAGCCUCCUCUAGGCUAUGGAAAUUUGGGGCCAGGAUAUGGACAAACGCAGCCGAAUUACUACGCUCCUCCUCCUCCUCCUCCUGCUGCCAAGAGCGGCCAUAGCAAUCUUGCGCUUGGAGCUGGAAUCGCCGCUGGAGCACUGGGAGGGCUCGUUCUCGGUGAGGUCGUGGAAGACAUCGCGGAGAAUGCCGACGACGACGACGAUUUCGAAUGAAGAACCCUUAGGCCUAGGCCUAACUUCUAUUCAAUAAAGUUCUCAUUCUCUCAUUCCAUCA